AUGGUCCCGGCAACUUCCCUCGUCGUACUCGCUGCCGCUGCGUCUGCGCUCGCAGGCCACCACAAUGCUCGCCAUGCCGAGCUCGCAAGGCGGCAGGCUCACAUUGAGCGCUCGCUCGUCGACGUCUGCGCAAGCCUUGACCUCGACCUUCAGCUCCUGGACAUCCUGCCCGGCGGGAAGCCGCUGAUUACGGGCCACAUCGACGUCUGUCUCUGCCUAUCGGUUCUUCCCGGGUUCGUCAAGAGCGACCCGGCGUGUCAAGCCGCUGCUCAGCACAUCGGGCACGAGGGUGUCUUAGGCAUGCUCCAAGAUCACAUGAACAACGCAACAAGCAAACAACAGUGCACCUACCCUCCACACGCCCAAGCCAAGCCCACCUGCGAACGCUCCGACCCCUGCGGCUCAUGGGAAUGCGCAGACGGCUACAAGAAGUCCGGCGAGCAGUGCGUCUGCGAGGCGCCGGCGACGGAGUGUAACGGGCAUUGUGGCUCGUUCCCGAAUGGGUGCGGCUCGUCGGCGCCGAAGCGCCGUGCGGCCAAGAGCACGCCGUUCUGCGAGGGCGGGAAGACGCUGUGUGGGAUCCCGGGGGGUUCGAGUGGGAGGGGGUAUGAUUGCGUUGAUACGCAGAUCGAUCUUGAGACUUGCGGCGGCUGCAUCGUCAACUCUCCCUUCUCUACGCUCGCUGCGGACGCGCCGACCGGGAAGGACUGCUCCGCCAUUCCCAACGUCGCGGAUGUUCUCUGCCAGGCCGGCGAGUGCGUUGUCAACGCGUGCAAGAGCGGCUUCACGCUCAGUCCCGCGGGUGAUGUAUGUGUCACUUCGAGCAAGCGUGGCAUCGAUGUUCUCGAGGGCGUCGGCUUGAACCUGGGCGGUGUCGGGAUCAAGGAGAAGGGCGCUGCUAGCGUGGACCUGUGA